GCUAGCAGUCCGCAGGGUUUCAGUGAAGUGAGUCUGUGUCAGUGCUCAGAGGGCGGAGUGCAAACAUCACUGCAGAGGAUCUCACUUAUUUCAACCAAUCCACCAGAUGUUCGACAAGUAGUUUCCACUAUUUUAUUUCUACCUUUUUGCUUGUACGGUUUGCCUCGAGUGCUUUUCUGCUCCCCGAUGACUUCCUCUAUCUCAGCCUGGAUCUGGAGUGAGAGAUUUUGGCUUCCCGAAAAUGUUACAUGGGCGGACCUGGAGCGACCACCACCUGGUGUGGAGUUUCCCCGAGUGAGACACAUACUAUAUGCCCUGCCGCUGGCUGUCGGGGUUUUCCUUCUAAGGUUGCUUUUUGAAAGGCUGGUGGCCAAGCCCUGUGCCCACAUACUUCAGAUUCAGGCGGGAGUGCCUCGGCAAGCUCAGUCCAAUGCUGUCCUGGAGAAGGUGUAUCUGUCCAAAACGAGUCUGGACACGAGGCAACUGGAGGGACUCUCUAAGCAGCUGGACUGGGAUGAGCGGAAGAUACAGAGAUGGUUUCGGGUCCGUCGGAACCAAGACCGGCCCAGUAUGCAGAAAAAGUUCUGUGAGAGCAUGUGGCGAUUUACAUUUUAUCUGGGGAUUUUCAUUUAUGGCAUUCGACAUUUGUGGGUGUCACCUUGGAUGUGGGACACCAGAAAGUGUUGGUACAAUUAUCCUUUUCAGCCUCUGAGUCCUGAACAAUACAACCACUAUGCAGCUGAGCUGGCUUUCUAUUGGUCUCUGAUGUUUUCGCAGUUCAUAGACAUCAAACGUAAGGAUUUCUUCAUCAUGCUUGUCCACCACCUGGCCACCAUAUUCCUCAUCACAUUCUCCUAUGCAAACAACAUGCUAAGAUUUGGCACUUUGGUCAUGUGUGUGCACGAUGCAUCCGACAUCUUUCUCGAGGCUGCCAAGCUGGCCAACUAUGCCAAGUACCAGAGGCUAUGUGAUGGCCUGUUUGUGGUGUUCAGCAUAAUCUUCUUCCUCACUCGACUUGUCAUCUUUCCUUUCUGGGUUUUUUACAGCAUUCUGAUUGAGAGCUGGGAGAUCAUUGGACCAUACCAGGCCUGGUGGUUGCUCAACGGGUUGCUGUUGGUGCUUCAGACUCUUCACAUUAUCUGGUUCUACCUCAUCGCUCGCAUCGCUAUCAAAGCUAUAUUCAAGGGAAAGGUAUCAAAAGACGACCGCAGUGACAUCGAGAGCAGCUCGGACGAGGAGAUUUAUUCCAAUUCCAGUAAAAAUCCCAGUCAGACCCUAAAGCCAAAGGAGAGCGGUCGCAAUGGAAACCUUAAUGGAGAAACUCACUGAGAGGAUGUUUACUUCCAGUGUGGCUUUUAUUCACCUGCUGCGUGCCUGUGUGACCCGCCUUGUCACUUUAGCUUCUCAAAAAGACUUCUUUUUUUUUUUUUCACUGAGAAAUAUUUGUUGCUCAAAUGAAGGAUGGACUCGGGCACAGCUCCAUGUGCAAACUUAGCACCGUCUUACUGAGUCAGGUUUACACUGUGUGAGGUUUACACCUGCUUUUAGCUUACAGCAGAAAUGUGUGUGUUCUGUCUGCGCCUCGCUGUGUGUGUGUGUGUGUGUGUGUGUGUUCUUAAAGUAGGAAACUGAAACAGAGCAUGUCAACACUUCUAUUUUGAGUCUUUUUUACAUGUAAAUACAUUUUUAUUAGUGAAAUUGGUAAUAUAUUUUACAGCUGUAAAACAAAUCACUGCAAUCUGCCUAACUGAAUAUGUUGCUUACUCUUGUAAGUUAAGAUGCCAAAGAUUUCUUAAUAAAAUCUUAUUUUACCAAAUUGAAUUUUGAAUGUGUAAGAUCUUUAUUAUGUGAUAUAUGUUGAACUAAAAAAGAUUGCCUAUUGACAUAUGAUAUAUUGACAUAUUGCAAUGCAAAAUAUAGCAAUGCUAUGCUUUAUCCAUUUUUUUAACCUACUACUACCUUGUACAAUAACAAUGUGGAUAAUAUGUGUAAAUAAACUUUGUUAAACUUCCCUCCUUCUUACCAGCACCCAGACCUUCCUGCUCAUUUGCCAGCGGAAAUCUGCCAAAUGACACAAACGAUUUUUGCUUUUAGGCUGUUGCCUUAAUACCGAUUGCAUGCCUUCACUAUCGUAUUGCCUGCCACCACCGCGGACACAAAGAAAAGCAGAUCAGCAGAGAGACACUCCUCUUUCAAAAAUUCAGACGAAACUCAGAUCAAACUGUAAAACCAGGCAGUGCUGAUUGAAUAUAAAACAAUAUUAUGUUACUUUACUGUUUGCUUCUGAAAAGCUUUCAGACAUAUUUUAAUGCAACAUUUAGCUGUAAUAUGAGAAUUUAUCAACAGGAAGUGCAUGCCAUACUGUUUCCUGUGUUGUGAAAACGGAGAGUGAAAAUACUGAGAUCAAAGUAAAACUAGGCAGUGUCAAAAUACUGUUACUGCAUUCUCUAUUCUCACUUUAAAUGUUUUUAGAAACAUAGGCCACUUUUACUCGGAGAUCGCGCUAUAGGGCCACAACAAAGUCCCCCCUUAAUACCACCCCUGCACCGCUACAGCGCGCGAUUAUACAGUGCAUCGCAGCAUAUCGCGAACAAAAGAGGCAUGACAGGAAUGACGAUAAACAUAUGAGCGUUGGCCUCUAUCAGGAUAUAUAGUAUGUGCAUCUGUAGCGAUUUCUUACUACCUCCUGUCCCUGCUCAGAGGCGAGACCACCCUCUGUCUGUUACUGGGCGAUAUAUACAGAACAGCGAGGCAGCAUAAUGGCGACAUUCCCGCCUUGAACAGGCAGUGGAAAAGCUGCUAUAUUUCAGUUUAAAGUUUAACUGUAAUUCGAAAUUAUUCGUUACCAGCUGACCCCCAUAUUGAUUUAUUUGUCAAAAUGGCCUAGCUCAAAUUACAUCGUCCACUAGCAAGGGCUUUUUUUGGUCCAGUACAGCACAGUGCAU